CCUGGCGUGUUUCUCUGUGAGAGAAGCCGAGUCUUGUUUACGGCGGUGAUUCUAUUGAGCGGAGACCGUCAGAAGAGUCGUGGAGGAGUCCGUGGACACUUGAGAAUCACACACUAGGCUCACAAGCUAUUUAUGUCAAACAAGUCGUGAUUUUUUUUCAAGGUGCGGACAACCAAAAAAAAAAAAAAAAAAACACGCUCGGGAGCUGCUUACUCUUGCACCUCGGCAAAUGUUUUUUAUUUCUUACCGCAAAACAUACAGACCGUGAGAGCGCGUGAAGACUGUAAAGGAGCAGUGAGCAAUUGGUGAACCAUUUUUGUGCUGGAGGAUAUUUUGGAUCGCGACCUGUCGGGAAGCUUUCAUUCAAAGGUUAAUACGCUAUCCGAGUCGUCAGGCUCUUUGAACGUGACCUCAGAAUUCCUCCGUACAUCAUCAGUAUAUCGUAGUUCAUCACACUGGCGUAGCCUCAUUCGCACAAGGUGUUUUUGUUGGAGGAGAACGCGCUCGUUCCGCUGGCCGUACUGCGCGCCCCUCUCGGGUUUACAAGAAAUGGAGGCUGAAGAUGCAGAUUUUCGGUCGAGUGAAAAUCGUGGCUCCCAUACGAUUGCAUCAUUUAAUUGCUGGCAAGAAUAACACAGUGUUUUAAUUUAUAUUAAUGUUUCCAUUAAAGGAAAAUUCUACAAUUAUUACCAGAUAUCUUUUAUCUACUCCCUGCUCGCCUCCCGUUAUCUUAACGGGUAACGUAAAGGAACUAUCUGCUCACCCAAAGCAGAUUCUUCUGGACUUUUUGCUUGCUUACAGGAACCAGCGUCGCGCUUUGCUGCGGUUUCAGCUUUCGAUUUUUUUGGAAACCUGAAUUUUAGGAAUGAGAUCUACAACGGCGAGGGAUGUUUGGACCUUAUUUUGGGGUCCUCUGCUGUUUCUCUCCACCAUCUGCCUGUGGUCUGCGCAUGGAGAAGUCUGUGGUCCUCACAUUGAUAUCCGCAAUGACAUCAGUGAGUUCAAGAAGCUGGAGAACUGCACGGUGGUGGAAGGCUACCUUCAGAUCCUCCUCAUUGGAGACAAGAACAAUAACCUCAACCAGGAGCACUUUCGCACCCUGUCCUUCCCCAAGUUGACCAUGGUCACCGACUACCUUCUCCUGUUCCGAGUCUCCGGCCUUGAUAGCCUCAGCAUGCUCUUCCCCAACCUCAGUGUCAUCCGAGGACGCAACCUGUUCUACAACUACGCCCUGGUCAUCUUCGAAAUGACCAGCCUGAAAGAUAUCGGCCUCUACAACCUGAGGAACAUCACCAGAGGCGCGAUCAGAAUUGAAAAGAACCCGGAGCUGUGCUACUUGGCCUCGGUGGACUGGUCACUCAUUAUGGAUGCAGAGUUUAACAACUACAUUGCUGGGAACAAGCAGUCCAAAGAAUGCGGUGAUGUUUGUCCAGGUAUCAUGGAGGAUAGCCCGCAGUGCAUUAGGACCAGCUUCAAUGACAACUACAGCUACCGCUGCUGGACUUCAAACGACUGCCAGAAAGUGUGUCCAAAGGAGUGUGAGAAGAGGGCGUGCACGUAUAAGGGCAAGUGCUGUCACCCCCAGUGCCUUGGCAGCUGCACUGAACCAGACAAUGAUAAGGCAUGUGCCGCCUGCCAGCAUUACUUUCACGAGGACCGCUGCGUUGAGGCCUGCCCGCCAGGCACAUACAAGUUUGAAGGUUGGCGCUGCAUCACCAUGGACAUGUGUGCCCGUGUUCACCUACCCAGUGAGGUCGACUUUGUCAUUCACAAUGGAGAGUGUAUGCCGGACUGCCCUUCCGGAUUCACCCGGAAUGAGACUCAGAGUAUGUUUUGUAGCGCAUGUGACGGACUGUGCGAUAAGGUCUGCGAAUCUAAAACAAUUGACUCUGUGGACGCUGCUCAGUCCCUGCAGGGCUGCACAGUCAUCAAAGGCAACCUUCACAUCAACAUCCGGCGGGGCAAUAACAUUGCAUCAGAGCUGGAGAGUUUCAUGGGUCUGAUCCAGACAGUGACUGGAUAUGUAAAGAUCAAACACUCUCAAACUCUGGGCUCUCUGUCCUUCCUCAAGAGCCUGCGAUACAUCCAUGGAGAAGAGCUCACAGAGCAGUCGUAUGCAUUCUCUGCAAUCGACAACCAGAACUUGCAGUAUCUGUGGGACUGGAGUCAGCACAAUCUGACCAUUAGAACCGGGAAAUUGUUCUUCCGCUUCAAUCCCAAGCUUUGCAUGUCUGAGAUCCAGAAAAUGUGGGAGAAGACAGAGGUUAAGGAAAAGAUGGAAGAGGAUGACGCUCGUAGCAAUGGAGAACGAGCAAGUUGUGAGAGUUAUAUUCUAAAGUUCAAAUCCAACCACACUCAGAGUACUCGGAUAAAGCUCACUUGGGAGCGAUAUCGACCGCCUGACUACAGAGACCUCAUCAGCUUCAUCGUGUAUUACAAGGAGGCACCAUUCCAGAACAUCACAGAAUUUGACGGACAAGAUGGCUGUGGCUCAAAUAGCUGGAACAUGGUGGAUGUAGACCUUCCUCAGGACAAAUCUACAGACCCAGGGGUAUUGUUGUCCUCUCUUAAACCCUGGACACAAUAUGCCAUCUUUGUGAAAGCCGUCACCCUGGUUGUAGAAGACAAGCACAUUCUGGGGGCUAAGAGUGAGGUGGUCUAUAUCCGCACCAAUGCAUCAGCGCCAUCAAUGCCCCUCGAUGCCCGUGCAUAUGCCAACUCCUCCUCAUCUCUGAUGGUGAAGUGGUCUCCUCCCAUCUCUCCCAAUGGAAACAAAACCUUCUACCUGCUCCGCUGGCAGCAGCAGACAGAAGACCGUGAACUCUACCAGCAUAACUACUGCUCCAAAGAGCUAAAAAUUCCCAUCCGCAUCUCAGCCACGGCUUUGUCCGACAUGGAGGGGGAAACAAAGCCAACCAAAUCAGAUGCUGGUGGGGGUGAGAAGAUCUGCUGCCUCUGCCCAAAAACCAAGGAAGACCUAAAGGCCGAAGCUGAAGACAGAUCUUAUCGAAAAGUCUUUGAGAACUUCCUGCACAACUCUAUCUUCACACCCAGACCUCCAGACAGGAAACGGCGAGACCUAUUUGGAGUGGCCAAUGGCACACUGCUGCAAGGUGCAAGCAGGAACAUCACAGGAAUGGAGAGUAACAUCACUGACCCAAAGCUGCAUGAGAAAGAGUAUCCUUUCUCUGAGGACAAAGUCUUUACAGAGUUCAUGGAGAUAUCCAACCUGCAGCCCUUCACCGUGUACCGCAUCGACAUCCACGCCUGUAACUACGAGAUCCACCGCUGCAGUGCCGCAGCUUUUGUGUUCUCUAGAACCAAACCAGCAGACAAAGCGGAUGAUAUUCCCGGCACUGUAACUCAGGAGAGGGAUGAGAAGGGAGAAGGAACAGUGCUACUGCGGUGGCCCGAGCCUAAUCACCCUAAUGGACUGAUCCUCAUGUAUGAGAUCAAAUAUCGUCUGGGAACUGAGCCAGAGAAGCAUGAGUGUGUAUCACGGCAGCAGUACAGAGUGUUGCGAGGAGCUCAGAUCAGCAAUUUGCCCUCUGGAAAUUAUUCUGCCCGGGUCAGAGCCACAUCUUUGGCUGGGAACGGGUCGUGGACUGAACCAGUGUCCUUCUAUGUGCCGCCCCCUAAAAGAAAUUAUGAUAAUGCAAUCUUACUGGCCAUCAUCCUUCCUAUUAUAGUGCUAGUGUUGCUCGCUGCAGUGAUUUCCAUUCUCAUCUUUGUCACCAAAAAGAGGAAUAGUGACAGGUUAGGAAAUGGUGUGCUAUAUGCUUCUGUAAACCCUGAAUACUUCAGUCCUUUUGAAAUGUAUGUACCGGAUGAAUGGGAAGUGGCUCGGGAGAAAAUCACCAUGUGUCGUGAGCUGGGUCAGGGCUCCUUUGGUAUGGUGUACGAGGGCAUCGCAAAGGGCGUCGUCAAAGAUGAACCUGAGACCAAAGUGGCCAUCAAGACUGUGAAUGAAUCCGCUAGUAUGCGUGAACGCAUUGAGUUCUUGAACGAAGCUUCAGUUAUGAAAGAGUUCAACUGUCACCAUGUGGUGCGACUUUUGGGUGUGGUUUCACAAGGACAGCCCACUCUAGUUAUAAUGGAGCUGAUGACACGGGGCGAUCUAAAGAGCUACUUGCGUUCCCUCCGUUCCAAAGAGCAGGGCUCUAGCAGCCAGUCUUUGCCACCGCUGAAGAAGAUGAUUCAGAUGGCCAGUGAGAUAGCGGACGGGAUGGCAUACCUCAAUGCCAACAAGUUUGUCCAUCGGGACCUGGCUGCCAGAAAUUGCAUGGUUGCUGAAGACUUCACAGUGAAAAUUGGAGACUUUGGCAUGACAAGGGACAUCUACGAGACUGAUUACUAUCGCAAAGGAGGCAAAGGGUUGCUGCCAGUGCGCUGGAUGUCCCCGGAGUCUUUGAAAGAUGGAGUGUUCACAACUAAUUCUGAUGUCUGGUCGUUCGGCGUGGUUUUAUGGGAGAUCGCCACUUUAGCAGAGCAGCCCUACCAGGGGAUGUCCAACGAGCAGGUACUGCGCUUCGUCAUGGAGGGGGGACUUCUGGAUAAACCGGACAACUGUCCCGACAUGCUGUUUGAACUGAUGCGGAUGUGCUGGCAGUACAACCCUAAGAUGCGACCGUCUUUUCUGGAAAUCAUCAACAGCAUAAAAGAGGAACUGGAGUCGCCCUUCCGGGAAGUUAGCUUUUUCUACAGUGAGGAGAACAAGCCACCCGACACUGAGGAACUGGACAUGGAGGUGGAGAACAUGGAGAACGUUCCCCUGGAUCCUGCUUCCACGUUGGCCCCCUCCUCUCAGGGCAGCACAGGUGCUCAGGCCCAGAGUCCACAGCCACUCUCCCCAGCUCAGGGGCCAGGGACUCCGAUGGGGUCUGCCCCGACCCCCUCCACCACACCACCUUCCUCCUCCUCCUCAGCCUCUCCAGGCCUGGUCUUAGACAAGCACUCAGGACAGGUAACAGCAAACGGGCCAGUGUUGCUGCUGGGGCCAGCGUUUGAUGAGACGCAGCCCUAUGCACACAUGAACGGAGGGAGGAAGAACGAGCGAGCGCUGCCACUGCCUCAGUCAUCGGCCUGCUGAUCAAGACUGCUCAGGCUCCCUCUACUCCUCACACAGGGUACCUACAUUUCCCUCACCCUUUUGUCUUCAUGGUCAUAUGUUUUUUCUUUUGUCCUCGAGGAGUCUAAACCCAGGGCUGACCAUAGAGACCAUAACCAGAUGGACUGUGUCCUUUCUGGAAAUCUGAGGAUCAUUUUGUUCAAAUGAUUUUGAAUGAUGGAGGAUGUUUCGAGCAAUUGGUGACUACAAGCCUACAAAGACUUCGGCUAUAUUUAAGGUUUCAGAACAAGCCACCACACUGGAGAGCCCUGGCUUUCAUUUGUGUGGGGAAAAACAGUUUUAAUGUUUUCGAAAGGAAGAAAACCUGCCAGUUCUUUGUGAAACAAAAGAGACAUGCAUAUUAGCCAGCAAGCCCAGCUCGUGAACACUUCCAGGGUGUAUACAGUGUGUUUUUUUUAGACAAAAAUACACAUUCCCCAAGUAUUUUCUUCCUUUAAAACCGUCUUUAUCAUCACAUUUCUCUUUGAAGAUGCGGCAGAAACUUUCCCAGCUGCAAUCGCUUGUUCUCAAUCAGUGAUUGGUCACAUUACUGCUUGAUCCACCCUUCUACUUAAACCAUUUAAACCAUUUCAAGGGGUUUGUUAGAGAGUGAGGUGGGAUUUUCUGAAACUGCCAAAUUUUUUGCCAAAUCAAAUCUUCUUUUUUCUAAAAAAAGAAAGAAAAAAAUGAUUACACAAUCCCCUAUCCACAGCUGAUUUUCGAGGUUGUACUUUGAAGUAGUGCAAUCAAGGGACUAAACUCUCAUUCUGUCUUUUAUGGGGGAUUUCUGGACCUCAUCUUUUACAAUCAGCCUGAGUUUGUAAAUCUUUGCCCUUUCUCCCUUUUAUAUGGCUCUGAUCUCCGACUAUUGCAUGGCAGUUCCUGCUGCACGCACCAUCUGUGAGCUGAGCCUCUGUGAGAGCGAUGUCUCAAGUCGAAAGAAAAGAGUGCGUCGCUAAUCGCGAAGGUGAAGAGAUUGGCGGGCUGCGGAGAGGCGGGAAUGAAUUAUAAGGGAUCGGCUUGAACGUGAAGCAAACAGAAUACAGGGGCUCCAUCUGUUUCGACAUCUGUCUUGUGAGAUGACUGAGGCAUUGUACACAGCAGGUAUUUUUUUAGACAAGUCAUUAGUCUCUCUGUACAAUUCAUAAGAUUCUAAGAAGGGUCUUACAGUUCUAUGUUAGACCGCAAGAUCAUUUACACACAAAUCAUUGGUUUGAGUCACUUUUGAUAACUUUUUUACAGUUCUAAUGUUCACCUCUUUGUAUAUACAGAAAGAAGCUGCUAUUUUUUUCUUUUGUGGGUAUAUAUAUAUAUAUAUAUAUAUAUAUAUAUAUAUAUACACACACACACAAAGUGGUGGCCAAAAUAAUCAGAACAUUAGUAUUUUCAACAGCAAAAAGUGGGUUUUAAGUCAGUUAUUUCUAUCUUUUGCUGUAGUGUAUCAGUAUUGAAGCAUCUUGGAUAUGUUGCCACAGUUCUUCUGGAUUGAUUCUGUAUCAGUUUGUUCUGUUACUUCAUGUUAUUGCAGACAGACUGGAUGAUGAUCAGAUCAGAUCUCCCUGUGGAGCACUGGCUGUUCUCAAACUCCUUUUGCAAACAAAAAUCUCACUGGAAUAUUACAAUUAAUGUAAAAAGAAUGGGUCUCAUUCAUGAAACACGAGCAGAACGAAUUUUUGUGUAAAUCGUGUGUAAAGUGGUUCUGGCGUAAAAUUUCGGAUUCAUUAAAAUGUUCGUAUUUUCCAAAUGUUAGUUGGUACGAAAGAAAUCCACACCUGCUCCCAGCUACGUGUAAAUAGUGCGUUUAACAUCUGAACAUUUUGCUCAUUAAUACGGCUGCAUUUUAAUUCACCUUAAUCGGGUACAUAUUUACACAGCAUUUUGAAAAAAAAAAUAUUAUAUAAAGUAAUUACAUACGGUUUUUCUUUUUACUUUUAUUAUGAGAGUAGCCUAGUAGUAGGCCUAUGUAGAUAUGCUCGAUGAUGAUGGUGGUCCUCCUCCAGUUUGAAUACGAUUUUUUCGAAGUGAACUAAUUUGUUUUUUUGGUGUCAAGCUUCAUGUCGAACCAUUUUCUUUUCACUUCUGGGACUGUUCGAUUAACAGAAGAAACUCCAUUAACAGCAUCUGUAAUAUGCUGCCUAGCUUCCUUUUUUUAGGACCUGAUAGUACGCCACUAUGUACGCUUGAAAAUAAAAUGUGGCGUUUUGAAUGAACUUCUGAUAAUAAAACUUCAAUUUCUGCAGCUGAGAAAUUGUUAUUUUUCAUUCGCUUUUGAGAAGACACGUUGAAAUCCUUCAUUUGGUGUAAUAAUAUGAUGCUCAUAUAUAGUUGUCUGUCGGAUUUAAUGGGCGGGAUUUAUGGUAAUUGAGAAUGAGCGUGCACGCGCGUCCCAUUUACGACUGAUUGGAAUUCAUUAACACACACACACAUUUCACUAUCACAUCUGACGUUUACGAAGUAUUUGUGAAUCAGGAGAAGAGUUUUCGGGAAGGUCUCUUUACGCGCAAAUCACUCCCAUAUUUACUCAUAUAUUUACGAAUGUUUCAUGAAUGAGACCCAAUGUGUGUAAAUGUAAACUAAUAUUUAAUGCUGACACUACUGCAAAAGAAAGAAAUAACUGACCUAAAACCAUCUUUAGCUGGUGAAAAUACUAGAGUUCUAAUAAUUUUGGCCACCACUGUGUGUGUGUGUGUGUGUAUGUGUAUAUUUAUGUAAAAGAAAUCCUUCAGGUUUAACGAUCUAUGAUAUCUCCACUACAGUCCAUUUUCUUAUGCUUUAUAUUCUUCUUGCAAAAAGGAAAAAGAAAAAAAAAACAGAAAAGAGAAUAGCAAUUUAUUUUUUAUUUUUUCUCCCCAAGAGGUUGUCUGCAUUGCCACGUCCAUUGCCUUGUGUUUUUUUAACUAUAUUGCUAUUAUUAUUAUUAUUAUUAGUUACAACAAACUCUUUAGCUCUGCAUGUGAACUUUAGGCACCCUUGAUACAGUUGUCUACCAUAGCACCUGCUCAUGUGGUGCAGCUCAAUCUCAGGUUAAUGCUAUGGUUUUGUUCUCCAGACAUUCGCAUCAUUAGUUAAUUCCACCUCUGCUUUUUUAGGUUGCCAGCCUCUCCUUACAGUGUAGUAAACAGUACAGUAUCUCAGUGUCCUGCCAGGCAUCGUCAUAGAAGGUUUCAUUGGCAUUUCUUUACCCUCAUAGACUAUUUUUACAACCCAUCCAUGUAACUGAAUAGCAACUAACAGGGCUAAUUGGGUUGUCUUAAUUUGUCUCGCAUACCCCAACCAGCCUGUAAUGCUUCCAAACAAAAUACAUUCAUAAUCUCUGCUUUAGUGUCAUGCACAACCCAUGUCGACUUUAUAAAUCCAUGCACCGAGCACUAACCUUCCAGAUGAAAUACGCCAUCUGUAACCAAACAAAUAAGAACGGGUUCAAAUUCAGAAAAGUGAUCAGUUUGCUUAAAAAACGCUAAAUAAAACAGUUGGUUUCACUGGCUAGUUGGGUUUAAAAAUUUUAAUUUUGAAGGAUUUCUCCAUGUGCAUUUGGGAACGUUACCCAGGACUUAUUUAUCCUGUCUUAGAAGGUUAUUUUCUUCCUUUAUUUAUUUAUUUCCUUUUGUGUGUGUGUGUGUGUGUGAUACCAGUUGAAAUCACUGUACAAAUGCCCCUAUGAUUUAGUAUAAAGACUGAAUUUUAGAUGCUUUUUCCAUGAUGUCAUGACUGGGGGACUUUCUUAUUUCAUUUCCUUCAGCAUCUAUCUACCUCAUUUUCUUUUAUUUUACAUGUGGAAGUGAUGAAAUGAUAAAAUACAUCUCACUUUUUUCUGUAGAGGACACAUUAUCAUCCUCUGUCUUGUCUCUGAUUUAAAAAAAUAUAUAAAAAUAAUGAAAAAAACUCCUUAAGCACAAGCUCCCAGGAAUGGAGAGAGGAAGUCAUGGUGUGAGCUAACAUGCCUAUGUGACUCCUAAUGGUGUGUCUCUUGCAUCCCUUACCACAUGCCCAGCAACACAAAAAUCCCACUGCUUUCAAACAAGCUGCAAUACUUUUUAAAUAAUCAUAAAAAUGCCUAAUUCACCAGAUGGUUUCAACAUGAUGGGCCACAGAUAAAAAAAAAAAGUUGCUAAUCAGUGUUUUUCCUCUGUAUUUAAUAUUUUUUUCAGCGAUCUCGCAUAUACACUGCUUGUAAAGGUUUAAAAAGGCAUAUCUUAAGUCAGGAAUGCAAAUGCUGGCAAAUCAAAACAGUUUCAGCAAGAAAGGUGACAUGAAGUGUAAUUCAUGCCAUUAACAUUACAUCAUUAAGGUGUAGAUUAUUGGAUGAAGAACAGUUAAGCCUGUACAUGAUUUUUUUCCCCCAUUAAAUUCAUUAGCUUGCAUGAUCUUGUUCAAUAUUUCAUCUGCAGCAUCGACAGAGAUCAUGGCAAUGGACAUCCUGUUUCCCAGCAUGCCCUUCUCAGACACACUGUGCUUCUGGACCAAAAUCUUGGGUCUCCAACUUUUGUCAGUAGCCUAUAACUGAAGGUGACUUUAAUGCAAACUGAUAACUUCACCUAGUUCAUAUAUACCAGUUUUUUUUUUUUUAGUUUUUAGUUUUUUUAACAAUCAAUUUUUUUUUCUUUCGGCUAAAGCAUCUAACAGUUGAAUGCAUACUGAGGAUUAUGGAACACUUUCUUAGAACAAACCAGUGGAUUUUUCCCCUUCUCAUAAACCUACCUGGAAAAACAUUCCAGCUGAUUGGUUUGGUCAGAUGCACUCUACGUGUCUAGAGAGUAUAUAGAAAGGGCCAAUUGUUGUCACCGCAUUCAUCAACAUCAUUCUCUAGAGAGAGAAAUGGCUGUCAUUUUGCCCACUCUUUUCUACAGCUGCUGACAACAUGCUGCUUUACAGAGACUACGAAUAGUCUUGCCAAUAGCAUUGGGUAAGCGGUGGAUCUCAGCAACAUGCUUUCUCUCUCUAAAUAAGCAUAAAAAAAAACACAAUGGGUCAGACGAUUAAAAUGCAAAGUGGAUUCUAAGAAAGUCACGGUCUCACAGCCCCUAGUCUUUCUGUUUCAUGGCACUUAAAAUGCUCUUUGACUUUAAUAUUUUGGAUCCUUUGAACUCCAGGUGUUGGAAACAAGGGUGCUUGGAGGAAAAGACCUGGUUGGGAUGCUGAGAGGCACCUUGUUUGAAAAGAAUAUUAUUCUGUGUGGUACAAGAUGAUCGAAAUAACCGUUCUAUAAAAGCCCUUGUGCUUGUAAUUGUUGCGUAUGUAUAUGGGUGGGAGUGUAUCACAUGUAGAUGUAGUGAUUAAGAUUUUGAUGUGUUUAUAAUGGGAAAAUAAUAGAGUUCACUAUUUAUUUCUGUUUCUUUUUUUCUUUCUUUAAUGAAUAUGGACAAAAGCAUUGGCCUGUUGCAAAGUGAAUGUCAGUUUUCAUUGAAUGCUGCCAAGGUUCCUUAGUUACCAGUAGGUUACAGAAACACACAUAUACACAGACACAAAUAGGACAGGGAUGUCCAGUAGAUUACGGGUAGUCAUGACACAGAGAGAGAGAGAGAGCAUGACUAGAAUUUAAAAUAAAAAGAGACAAGUUUACAGUAGAAAUAGCUUAUGUUGCAAUGCAAGUUUCUCUACAAACCUGAAGGUAGAUUUUUUUCCCCCCUCAACUAUCAUAAGAACUUUUAUUUUAUUCUAUUUCUUCAUAAUGCAAAUCCUCAGGUUUAGAAAAGAUGCAUGUAUGCAUUUUAAUUGCAAUAAUGAGCUUGAGGUUUCACAGACAUUAUUUCCCAUUGUUUUUGCUUGGCAUUCCGACAAAUUUCAAAAGGGGCCUUGAUCUACUGUACUGAAAAGAGUUUAAUAACACUUUUUAUUUUCCUUUCACAAAAAAAAAAAAAUACAAGAAAUGAAAAAAGGAGGAAAAAUAAAAAUCUCUGUGCCACUGCAUUGAUCGAUAGAAGCUGAUGGUGAAACGGUUUGGCUGGUAUUCUCCUCGUCUUGUAAGUUAUGUAUCUAAGGCCUCCUGUCUUUCAGUUUUCUCCUCACCACCAGUUGAGAUGGUAGACUUUUUACAUGCCGUUGGCUUAAUGUAUAUCUGAAGAAAACUUUCAUGUAUUUUCUUUUUUUCUUAAAUUUUGAAUAAAAAAAAAUGAAUGAGUCUGAA